UCUUCCGGCUCCAUUUCAACUGGAUUUUUAACACUCCUAACCACCCCAGAUCAGGACAGGACCGCGUCUAAGGUGGAAAAUGUCCAGUGAAAGACAACGGUCAGAUGAUGAAAGUCCCAGCACCAGCAGCGGCAGUUCCGAUGCGGAUCAGAGAGAUCCUCCGGUGCAGAACCAGAAGAACAAGAGGAGCGAAAACAACCCACGCCUCCCACAACAGCAGAAGAAAUCCACCAAACUGUCCAGCAAAACAACAGCCAAAUUAUCCUCCAGCGCGAAGAGAAUCCAGAAAGAGCUUGCAGAAAUCACUCUGGAUCCUCCACCCAACUGCAGCAUGACUCAAGGGAAAAAUGGUUCUAGCGAUUCACUUAAAGACAUUCAAAUGCUUCCCCCACGUUCAGAGAAUGUCCUGCAGACAGUCUCGCAGUCAUCACAAGGCACCCGUCUUUCACACGAAACAGAACAGAAACGCUCGGGGAUGGUAGGGCAGUCAUUGCCUUCCGGCGACUGGAACUGCAGACAUUACUCCCAUUGUGUCAGCUCUCAAAGAGGUGGAAUGGUCUGA